AUGGACUUUCUGUCGGCAACAUCACUAGUUUUAGUGGCAGUCGCUCUUCUUUCCCAUCAACUCCCUCUCAUCAGUGGUUUGGGCGGCAUCGGAGUGAACUAUGGACUUAACGGCGACAAUCUGCCACAACCAAGUGAUGUGAUAAACCUGUAUGGACGGUGCGGGAUCGAUAUCGUGCGGAUAUUUGAGCCGAACCACGGUGUUUUGGAUGCGUUGCAUGGCAAACCAAAUGCUUUGUGGUUGGGAACCAGAAAUGAAGAUAUACACAGCUUCGCCACUGACCAAAUGGCGGCCAAUGCUUGGGUUAAUGCUCACGUGCUUCCUUAUUAUGCAGAUGUUAAUAUCGAAUACAUCACCGUUGGCAAUGAAGUCGUCCCUGCUGACCCAGCUACACCUUUUGUUGCCAAUGCAAUUAGAAAUAUAAUGCAAGCGCUCGUCACUGCCGGCAUAAAAAAGGACAUCAAGGUAACCACGGUGGUCCACAUGGGCGCCAUGGGAGUCUCAUACCCUCCAUCCGCUGGAGUAUUCACUGUCGCAGCUGCGGGACCUCUGAGCGACAUCGCAAAGGUGGUGGGCUCGAGCGGUACACCACUAUUGCUGAACGUGUACCCAUAUUUCGCGUAUGCAUCAAGCCCACAACAAAUUCCACUAAAUUAUGCUCUCUUUACUUCCACGACACCGGGAGUGGUGGAUGGAAAUCUGAACUACUACAAUCUGUUUGAUGCCAUGGUGGAUUCUUUCUAUGCGGCACUAGAGAAGAUUGACGCUGCCAAUGUCAGACUAGAGAUUUCAGAGACUGGGUGGCCGACCAAAGGGAAUGAGCCAUUCACCAGCGUUGAGAAUGCAGUGACGUAUAACAAAAAUUUUAUGAACCAUGUGGCGAGUGGAGCAGGAACUCCGAGGAGGCCAAAUGUGAAAUACAAUGGGAUUUUGUUUGAGAUGUUCAAUGAGGAUCUUAAGGCAGCUGGAGUUGAGCAGAAUUUUGGGUUUUUUUAUCCGAAUAUGCAGCCAGUUUAUCCAUUUUGGAAUUGCUAG